AUGGCCGGACUUCAUGGAGGAUAUGUUCAUAGCAGCUUCCUCCAGGCGUUAUGCGGCCAAGGUAUCUCCUCUGAUGGGUUUCCAACUGUCACUAAGUACGGGGAAGGGUGCAAGGGGAGGCAAGGGACUAACAUUCGAAGGCCGGUCUGCUUUUUCAAGUGGGAAACAAAUCCCUACUUCGAUGCUUUCGUUGAUCCACAGUCUACCCCUCCUCAACCCAUGCGUCCCCCAGCUUUGCUAGUCAAACCAAAACGUGACUUGAAUAUUGCUUGUGCAGAUACGAUCUCCAGAGGAACUUUAAUCGCGAUUGCGAUGUCACUGCAGUUUAAUUUUAAGACACUCGAAGAAGCAACAGAUAAAUUUUCGGGCUUGAACAAAAUUGGUCAAGGUGGAUUUGGUGAAGUUUAUAAGGGGAAACUUUCAACUGGAACUGAAGUAGCAGUGAAAAGACUGUCGAAAACUUCAGGACAAGGCGCCCAAGAGUUCAAGAGCGAGGCUGUUCUUGUGACAAAGCUUCAGCAUAGAAAUCUGAUUUUGGCUAUGGCAAGGAUUUUUGGAGUUGAUCAAAGUCAAGCCAACACAAGAAGAAUUGUUGGAACAUAUGGAUACAUGUCUCCAGAAUAUGCAAUGCGCGGCCAUUUCUCCAUGAAAUCUGAUGUCUAUAGCUUUGGAGUAAUGAUUCUAGAGAUUAUAAGUGGCAAAACAAAUAGCAGCUUCUACCAAAUCGAUGAUUCUCCUGGUAACUUGGUCAUACAUGCUUGGAAGCUUUGGAGAACAGGGUCACAAUCAAAGCUCAUGGAUCUGAUAAUAGGAGAGAGUUCUCCGAGUAAUGAGGCGGUUAUCAGAUGCAUCCAUAUCGCACUUUUAUGUGUUCAAGAAGAUCCUGCAGAUCGACCAAUGUUGCCAGCAAUCGUCAUGAUGCUAACUAGUAACACAUACACUUUACCUAUGCCUCGAGCACCCGGAUUUUGCCUCUCAAGCAUGAAUGAAUAG